CCUGCUCCGAUACUGAAUUCUCAUUACCAGUGGCUGUUAAAUUCCUUCCACCAAGUCCAUUGCAUUUAAUCUUUCCCAUCAGAAUUGUAGUGGAUCCCAGAGUUGAAAGGCACAACAGAUGUGUGUGAAGUUUGGGCUUUCGGGGAUGCUUUGCAGCAUGGUGGCGUCAGGAGUCAUUUUUCUCAACAUGGAUUUGAGGGAGAAGAUGCCAUUCCACCAUGUAACGGCUGGCCUGUUAUACAAGGGGAACUACCUGAAUCGAUCACUCUCUGCUGGCAGUGACAGUGAACAGCUAGCCAAUAUCUCUGUGGAGGAAUUGGAUGAAAUCCGUGAAGCCUUUCGGGUGCUGGACAGGGAUGGGAAUGGCUUUAUCUCCAAGCAGGAGCUGGGCAUGGCUAUGCGUUCUUUGGGGUACAUGCCUAGUGAGGUGGAAUUGGCAAUUAUCAUGCAGCGCCUUGAUAUGGAUGGGGAUGGCCAGGUUGAUUUUGAUGAAUUUAUGACCAUUCUUGGACCUAAGCUGGUAUCUUCAGAAGGGAGAGAUGGUUUUCUUGGAAAUACAAUAGACAGCAUAUUCUGGCAGAACAAUAACAAUGCAGAAAAAAACAAUUUCCUGAUGAGGUAUGUGAACACUAGAGCCAAUGGAAAAAUGAAAAGCUAUUUUCACGAUGAAUUGCUGAACGUUGAAGUGAUUUUCAGUUUGAAGUGUUCAAAACUGACCCAUUCGUUGAUUUUUCAGUCAGAAGCUCUGUGA